GUCUUGCACAGGUGUACCGGCUCCUCCCCUUCUGUCUUGCACAGGUGUACCGGCUCCUCCCCUUCUGUCUUGCACAGGUGUACCGGCUCCUCCCCUUCAGUCUUGCACAGUCUUACUGGUUCCUCCCCUUCAGUCUUGCACAGUCUUACUGGUUCCUCCCCUUCAGUCUUGCACAGGUGUACCGGCUCCUCCCCUUCUGUCUUGCACAGGUGUACCCGCUCCUCCCCUUCAGUCUUGCACAGUCUUACUGGUUCCUCCCCUUCAGUCUUGCACAGUCUUACUGGUUCCUCCCCUUCAGUCUUGCACAGGUGUACCGGUUCCUCCCCUUCAGUCUUGCACAGUUGUACCGAUUCCUCCCCUUCAGUCUUGCACAAGUGUACCGGCUCCUCCCCUUCAGUCUUGCACAAGUGUACCGGCUCCUCCCCUUCAGUCUUGCACAAGUGUACCGGCUCCUCCCCUUCCGUCUUGCACAGGUGUACCGGCUCCUCCCCUUCUGUUUUGCACAGGUGUACCGGCUCCUCCCCCUUUAGUCUUGCACAGGUGUACCGACUCCUCCCCUUUAGUCUUUCACAGGUGUACCCACUCCUCCCCUUCAGACUU